CGGUUCGAUGCUCACCGGAAAUACGUCACCGGAAUGUUUUGUAAUGGCAUCGUUCACGCUCCGCGGCUUCUUUGCCAUUUUACCAACAACUUUUAUCGUGAAAAUACAAAUAUCGUCUAAUUUCUUCCCCUCUCUUACUCGGUUUAACUGCGCACCAAAUAAUGAGAGUGUGUAUUUAAUGGGAGAAGGUGAUACAGCAUUCGAUUAAUGUAAUACUAAAAGCUAACGCCUCCUCCUAGCUAAAGAAGCUAAACAGCAAACAACACAAACUGUGAAUCUUCAAACCCUUCUCCGUCUGUUUGAGGGACAAAGGUCUUUUCAAAAUGGAUGUCAGCAUUGCCGUGUCACUGAUUCGAGGCCAGAUGGGCACUGUGGUGGAGCGGGCCGUGAACGGCGCUGUGGAGACGGUGCUGGCUGAGAUGCUCAAAGUGGUCGGCGUCAAGUUUGAGGAGCUGAAAACCCAGUUAGCUCUGAUGAAGAGGGACGUCACAGCGCUGCACAGGGAGAAAGCCCUGAAAGAGAAGGAGAACGACAACAUCCGAGCCAAGCUGCGCUACACAGAGCUGAAGCUGAAGUACUAUAGGCAGGGUGUGGCAGAGGAACUGCAGCAGAGGGCUCCAGCCUCCACUCUGGUCCGUGUCCACCCGCCCACCUUCACGCAAACACAGAGAGGGGGUGCAGCAGGUCUUUCCUCUUCUGAGGUGUCACCGUCAUGCUCAGGUCAGACCAGGACCACAGAGGGAGCAAUGACAAGAAACAAUCCAGAAUGCACCUCUCCACAGAGCACAGGCCAUCGCACCAUCAGAGUGCGCUGUCACCCAGACAUGGGAGUCAGCUCGGACUCGUCUGACCUGUUGUUACCUGCCUCACUUCCUGUGAAUGCGUCUGCGCAAUCUCUGGACAGCAGCACAGUGGGAUUCUGUCCCAUAGAGCAAGACAUAGAGGAGAGCGGGGACUCUGAUGUGGCUCCUCCUCCUCCUGUCCAGGCCAUGACUCUGGACCACAGGAAGCUAUCAGAGGACAACCUGCUGUCCCUAGAAGACUACACCCAGGCUGACAGCUCCACACUGCCCUCCUCUGCUCUACAGGUGAAGCAGGAGGCCCAGCUGCAGCAGCAGGAGGAGGAGGAGGAGGAAGAAGAGGUCAUCUGUAUCAAAGAGGAGCCAGAGGAGGAGCAGGAGGUGAUGGCCGCUGUACUGUUGGACUGUCAGGUGCAACAGGUUCAUGUGUCAGAAUCAGAGGCUCAAAGUACGGCGAGCACAGAGUGGUCGGGGCUUUCAGCAUCGCAGAGAAACCACACGACAGCCUUCAGCUCAGCUGGUCCAAGCACCUACCUGAUGGUGCAACCAGCAACCUCUCUUCCGUUAAUGGCCGGCUUGACAUCUGGCGUCCCGCCUCGCCAGGCCAUGCGUCCCUGGUCUAAAGACCUCAGCCUGUACGAGGAAUACAAACUGCGCAGGAACGAGCUGCGCAGGCGAAGUCUCAACAAGCGCAGGGAGCUGGAGAAGACGCUGCCUCAGCCGCUGCUCGCCGAUCUGGUGCGAGAGCGCAGAGAGAAGACCAGGCUGAGGGUUGCCAGGUGGAGGGCAAAGAGGAAACUGCAGGCCUGUUUGAACCAGGCUCAGGCUCAAGGUGGCGCUGCGGGACUCUCUCACACCGGCUUUUCCAUUGGCAGCCAGCAUCAGGAGCUCAGAGCGUCAUGUGCUUCGGCCUCCAGUGGGCAGCAGAGAUGGAGCUCCACGCUGGCUCAGUCCUGCAGCUUCCUCAACAACAACAACAACAUGAACAACAACAACAACAACAUGUCUGCAGCCAACAGCUUCUCUGACGCUCUCCCCUUCAUCACCUCCACCUCCUCCUCCUCCUCGUCUCUGCUGCUCCGGGGCCCCUGCAUGUCCACGCACCAGCACGGCGUCAACUCGUCGUCGUCGUCAUCGACGUCGUCUUCGUCGUCGUCCAUGUCCCACCUGCAGGUCAGCCAAUCGCAGCAGAGCUUCUCUCUCACAGACUCGGAACUCUUACACUGAGGGCUUGUUUCACGCCAGAGGUUUUUCUUUUUUUAAUACAAAACGUGUUAUUUCAUUGGUGUUACUCAAGGGUCAAACAGCAGCUUCAUAGGCGUCAGUGUUUACUUACAAAUCCUGAAAACGUUUCUCUUAAUCGACUGAAUAAGCCGUUAUUGUUUGAAACGGAGGGCAGUGUUUAAGGUUAUUUAACACAUUUAAACCUUGUUAUUAGAGAUUUUUAUAACGUUAUUAUUAAUAAUAGUAAUUAGAAAUAUCAGUAUCAAAAUUGUAUGAUUGCAUUUGUGAUUAUUUGUAGUGACUUUGACAAGUGUGAGGGGCUAAAACAAACAAAACAGUAGCAUCAGUAUGGAGCUGAAAUGAUUUCUCGAUUUUUAAUCGAUUGUUUCGUGAUUAAAACAAGAUUUCUGAUUGUUCCAGCUUCUUAAAUGUGAAUAUUUUCUGGUGUCUUUGCUCCACAUAACAAAGAAAUCAUUAAAACUGAAUCAUUUUGGUAUGAGGACAAAUACAAGACAUUUUAUGGACCAAACCAUUACUCGAUUGAUUGAGGAAAUAAUUGACAGAUGAAUCGAUUACAAAAUGAAUCGUUAGCUGCAGCUCUACAUCAGUAUCACACAAAAACAGAGCAUGUCAUUGCUGUCUUAUUUAUCGUUUAUUUAUUUUUUCUUUUACAUUGAAUGGACAUCAGAACAAAACAGUCACUGUAAACUCACAUUAAUUUAUUAUAAUAUUCAUGUAAAACUCAGAAUCUCAUUUAAACCAACCGUUUUAUAAACAACUUUAUUUGUUUUAAUAUUUCCAAUUAAAGUGCAUACAUGUAAAAACUCUGUAUGACUGAAGAAUAUAUUGUACUGUUUAUAAUUUAUUUACCAUGAAAUGAUGUGUGAUUUUUGCCGUGCUAUAAUCUAAAAUGUGUUGCCCUUUUUUAUCCUCGUGUUCUAUUUGGAGUAUCGGACGCUUGUAAUUUAACCGUCUGUGGAGUCCAGGAUGUCGGGGCUGCUAACGAGGUUUAUUUGUUGUUUUUUUAACUGAACAUUUUGACAAUCACCAGAUAUAAAUGUGGAGACUGAUUCUGUGUUUUGUUAAAAUAAAGGUGACAUUUUCACUGU